AAAUUAGGUUUUUUUGUACCUCGAACUGCUUCUACAGCUUAUAUUGAUGGCAAAGUGAUUUCCGGAGUUUUCAGUGCCCCCUACAGCUUAUUUUGAUGCAACAGUAAACUCCGGAGUUUUCAAGGUCAUCGGGGUCCUUCUUUACAACCAAUCAAGAGUCAAGUCGAUCAGCUGCAACACCAGGAGAAUUAUGAAGGAACUUACUAGAUGAUCAUGAAUUCAAAGGACAAAGCUUUUCAAACAAAGCAAGAAGGAGAUGUCAAUGAUAGCAAGUUCUCCAAAAGCGCAUCUACUUCAAGACCAUGGGCAGGCUUUAGAAAUCCAAGAAUAGUACGUGUUUCGCGUUCUUUUGGGGGAAAAGAUAGGCAUAGCAAAGUGUGCACCGUAAGGGGACUGAGAGAUAGGAGGAUUAGACUUUCAGUGCCCACUGCAAUUCAGUUGUACGAUCUUCAGGAUAGACUUGGGCUCAGCCAACCUAGCAAGGUCGUAGAUUGGUUGAUUGAUGCCACUAAAAGUGAGAUUGACAAACUUCCACCACUGCAAAUACAAGCAGGAAGCUUCAGUCAAUUCCAUCAGGCAAUUGCACUUUCUCAGCACUCAUCGGCAACUUCAUCAAAUCUGCCCCACUUCUUCUGUGCAAAUCCAUCGUAUAUGAAAGAUGUAGGAGCUCCAAGUUUCCUCUCUAACAAGCAGGGGCUAAAGAUUAAUGACCAUAUUCAUGGAAAUAGUCAAACUAUUUUGGAUAGAUCAAGAUGUUGGAAUCCAGAUGUUGCAGUGAAUCGCAAGGAAGCUGAAAAAGAAGCUGCUGUAGGAAAAGACAAGUGGAUUGCAUCAAAUGAGCAGGAGGGUAUGGAGGGUUAUGCUGCUCAGCUCACAGCUCAAAACUUCUUCCCGGUAGCCAAUCAAUCUUCUUUUCCAAGCUUGUUACCCAAUCCGUUGCCAUACAAUCCUUAUUACCAGUGGGAGGCUUCAAACUUGUCUCUAUCUCAAUUAGGAGGCCACUCCAAUAUUCCAAUGCAACCUGAAGACUCUCAAAGUCAUAAUGCCUUAUCUCUGGGAUCUUCAAUGGCUCUCCCGUCUGGUUCUCAGCUGUAUUUCUGUCCUUCUGCAGCAACAAUUCCUACGAUUCUUCCUUCAUUGCCUCCAUUUAUGACUGCUUCUGUAGAGAGUGAUCCCAGACAAAGCAAUCACUUCCAAUUCUUGAGCUCAAGUACACAGCAGGUUCAAGCAAAUUCUCUGAUGCCUACUCUUCAUCUGAUCAGUUCACCCUUGAAAUCCCUUACGCUGAAUAGUAAUCCCAAGAUUCUACAUUUACAAGAGAACAGCGAAAACCAUCCAAACAAAGGAGACAGUGGUUCUUGAAUGAAUUGGAGGGCAUUUGAACUUAUACCAUCGAAAUAUUUAAACCAAAGUUCCAUAGUUCAAAGUUUUAUAAGCUGAAUUAUUACUUAAAACUGCAUUAAGUUGUCUUGGUGGUCUAAAUGGUGUACAUUUUUGAAAGUUGACAUCAGGCUUUACGACCAAGAGAAUUUACAUUAUAUUAGAGCUUUUUGUGGACAAUGCCAAGAUUUCAAGGAAAGACAGAUAAGGCAUCGAUGGCAUGGAUUACAUGGUAAGUAUAUAGUUUGGCGAGUAACAAUAUGCACAGCACAACUUUAUACAUAUAUGUCUUGUAAGUUUAUGCCAUUUAUCUGCAAUAGAAUCAUUUUAGAGUUUUUUUUUAAGA